UUUCCAGGCAUAGCGGUCGACUCCGAUUUGUUAAACAUAAAACUUACGUUGUUUAAUACGAAAGAUCUAAAAAGUGAUUUUUAAUAACAAAAGAAAAUGCAUUGUAUUUGGUGUUAUUUGAAUGCCAAUAUCGCUACGGAAGAAAUUGAUAAGUAUUAAACGCACAAAAGUGUUUGCUAUUUAACGAAUUGAAGCAUCACGAAAUUGUGCGAAAAACAUCCAACGACCGACUAUUUGUGCCAACAACGCCAAUAGGUUCAAUAGCUCGUUGGAAAGCAGAAAUUUCUAAAGCUAACAUAAUGUGUCAAAACUACUCACUCCGGAGAUUUUGUGAAGAAUGGCGUAUUUGGAUACGACCACUUCUUAUCGUUACUUACGGUAUAUUUGCGAUAAUUGUUGUACCGCUGCUCAUAUUGAACUCACUGAAGGAUGGAUUUUCGCGUAAAGAUCAACUUAUUCUAAUUGGUGGCUUAUUUGUUUUAUCUGCGGUGCCUGUUUCGAUUUGGCAUAUCAUCCAACAUGUAAUUCAUUUUACUAAGCCCAUUUUGCAAAAACAUAUUAUACGAGUAUUGUGGAUGGUUCCAAUAUACGCUCUGAAUGCGUGGAUCGGUUUAUUUUUCCCAAAGCAUUCCAUAUAUGUGGAUUCAUUGCGUGAAUGCUACGAGGCUUACGUUAUUUAUAAUUUCAUGGUAUAUCUCCUGAAUUAUUUGAAUUUGGGAAUGGAUCUUGAAGCCACAAUGGAGUACAAACCCCAAGUUCAUCAUUUUUUUCCCAUGUGCUGCAUGCGUCCCUGGGCUAUGGGACGAGAAUUCAUUCAUAACUGCAAGCACGGGAUACUGCAGUAUACAGUUGUGAGGCCUAUAACUACUUUUAUUUCGGUAAUUUGUGAGCUAUGCGGAGUGUAUGGAGAGGGUACCUUUGCUGGAAACGUUGCUUUUCCGUACAUAGUAGUCAUUAACAACAUUUCCCAGUUCGUUGCAAUGUAUUGUCUAGUUCUAUUUUAUAGAGCAAACAAGGAGGAUUUGAAACCCAUGAAACCAAUUCCAAAGUUUUUGUGCAUAAAAGCUGUUGUGUUCUUUUCGUUUUUCCAAGGUGUAAUGCUCAACGUUUUAGUGUACUAUGGCUUCAUUAAAGAUAUCUUUGGUUCCACUGAUUUGGGGGAUGAUGCAAAUUUAGCCUCAAUGUUACAAAAUUUUCUUAUCUGUAUUGAGAUGUUCAUAGCAGCUGUGGCUCAUAUUUAUAGUUUCCCUCAUCACCCAUUCCACAUUAAUUCACCUCAAUACUGGAAUAAUCCAAAUCAUAAUUGGUGCCGAGCCUUUUUAUCUAUGAUCGACAUUUCUGAUAUACAAGAAGAUGUUACUGAGCAUUUGGGGGUUGUCAGUAGCUCUAUAAGCCGGCGUUUUCAAGGACGAAAUAGUUAUCAGCCAUUGUCACGAGGACCAAGGAGAUCAAGUAGUGAGUCUGAGUACCUAAUAAAUAAACGUUUGGAUGGAGAUGCAGCCGGAACUAGUCAAUUGUUGACUACAGUGACUGAUUCAGAUGACAACACAGGUAAUAUUAGAAAUAAAUAUCAAACCAACUAUGCUAAACCGCUUGCCAAAGCCAAUCGCUAUGGAGCUACAGAUAGUCUUGUGUUACCCGUUUACGAAGCUGCAAUAACGAAUGAUUAUCCAUCUCAAUCCCAAUUAGCAGGUAACCAUCCCACCACAUCCAAAGCUUCCAUAACAACGACCCAAAAUCAAUCUACUGCGACACACUCAAACUUUGGAGGCAUCAGCAUACAAAAACGCGAAGUAACUGCUAGAGACUUUCCUGCCCAUUACGGGGCGCCUGUGGCUGGGGGUACAAGCUUUUUGCAAGCCCGCAAUGUUUCCACAACACAUGCUCCCAGUCCUAUACCAGAGUCAGGCGAUGACUUUUCAUCUUUUAUCGGUUCAUCGAGAUGACGUUUUGAUAGCAGCAGCCAAAACUGUAAUCCAUCCGCUAGCGAAUCGAUCUCUAUUGGACUUUCUAGUAGUCUUAAGCUAUCGACGGGUGGUAGUAAUAGUAACGACAGCAACAACUCAUCUGAUUGGCUUAGCUCACCUGGUGGUGCUGAUCAAAAAAAAAUUGCUGAUUUUGGGCCAAUACCCACCCAACAAUAGCAAACAUAGUUUGUACCCUUAAUAGAACAUCUUUACAUCACUUAGAAACUAAAUACAAUAAUACAACGACAAUGACAAACACGAAAUGAAACCGCCGUUUUGGCAACAACACGCACCUGUGCCCGACAAAAAAGUUGGAUUUUCUUUACAAUCAGUAAAACUUUGUAACAGUGCUUUUUACGAUAGUUUCUGGAAUUAAACUCUUUAAUUUUUUAUAUUCUUUAAUUGGGGAAUCUCAAAUUUUCUUAUUUAAUCACACUUUUAAUGUAAAGUAUUGAACGAGAUUAAAAAAAACUUCGGAUGAUACAUUAUUAAAAAAUUGUCGGAAAAUAAGACAAAACGCACUGCUACAAAGCACGAUUGAUUUCGUUUAAGUUUAUUUUUUAUUUAUUUUUGAUUAAAAGUGAAAUUAUUGAAAUAGAGAUAUACCAUUUUUAUUUUUUGUUAAAUGUUGCUUUUUUAUAUUAAUGAAACUUUUAUGUUAUAAGAGGAGUCUAUACGAAUAUGUUCAAUGAAUAGAUACAUCUUAAUAUAUAUACUAAUGUUUAUAAAAAAUGAUUUUAAAUACUAAAGUGUCCUUUCCUGUAAUUAGUUUACCGGCGGAUUCCUGGAAUUUUAUCAGUAAAAUUCAAGCAAGGAAGCUAAUAUAUUAAUGUGUUUUAUAGACUUUAGAGUUUGUGUUCACAGGUAUAAUGCAAAAAUUGAAAAUACACCGCCAACGAGUUGUCAAAGAAAUACUUCCACUUCCCUUGUGGAAAGUAAAUUUGUAAAUAACUUACUUCAUUCCAGUUAGAAACGUUCGGAUUAUUCAACAGAUUUCUUUUUAAAAUAUAGAUAUUAUAUAUGUAAGACAAACUGCUAUAAGCAAUUCAAUUCCAAUCAGAAUUUAAAAAUGGUCCAGAUAUUGUGUAGUUUUUACUAAAUGUACACAUAAAUAAUUUUUUUGUAUUUAAAAAAGUUAUUUUUAUAACAUUUGUCCGUAUUAUUAUCUUUACCUCAAUGGAAUGUUUCCGAAAAUAUUGAUUAGUUUUUGUUUUAAUUUUAAAAAUAAUACUUUAUUUUUCUUUCGUUUUUGUCCUUAAUUAUUUUAUUUCACUAAACGAGCACAAUUUAAUUAAGUACAUUUUUUUUCUUGGUCAUAUUUUGUAAAAAGACUGACGAAGCACAUUCAAAACAACAUAACAAAAAUAUACAACCAAAUAACUAAAUAAAUCAAAACAUUAACGGGAUGCUAUAUUAGAUAUGCUCGAAUAAUAAAUUAAGCAAAAUAGUGCUGUUCAAAUAAUACGAAGUCAUUUCUCUAUGAAACAACUAUUGAAGGCACGAUAUUUUCGGAAUUCUUCCAAUGAUCCAACCAGAUUUGAUGACAAAUUUGUACUCAAUUGUUGUAGUUCUGUCGUCCACCCAAUUCUAAAAGAAAACGAUCCGGAUGAU